AUGCCCAGAAAAACUAUUGGGCCUGGACCAGGUAAAUAUGUACUGCCACCUCUAAUCGGAUUCAGAGAUCAUGAUAUAUCAAAGUACAGAAAUCCUCAGUAUUCUAUGGGGCAGAAAUUACCCUUUGGAAAGAAACCCUUUGGACCGGGUCCAUGUUACGAUGUUAAGAAUAUGACUUCAUAUGGGAAAGCUAGCCCCCCUGCCUAUUCCAUGAAAUCCAGACCGAAAGCAAUAAGUACUUUCCAAGCACCCGGGCCUGGAACUUAUCAGCCUGAAAAGGGACCAAGAAUGAUGGAACAAAGGCCUCCAAUGUAUUCUAUGUCCUUUAGAUAUCCACCUCUAAAGAAAUACCAGACCCCAGGACCGAAUCAAUACGAGGUGCCUUCAACGCUAGGUCCCAAGGUUCCAGACAAAUAUGCAAAUGCUGCGUAUAGUAUGUCCUACAGACACAACCAAAUUUCCUCAGAAAAAUCACCUGGACCUGCUAAGUAUAGUGGAAUUGAAACAGAUCUCUAUAAAAAUAAGUUACCUAAUUAUACAAUCUCCCCACGUGUCUUCCCUCCCACAAGUGCUAGCGCCUCACCCGGACCCAUUUACAUGCCAAAAUUACCUAAGAAACAAGGAUACUCGUUUGGUUUAAGAACUGAUAAUGAUCCAUAUAUAACAGCUUCUGAUGAAAUGCCAUGUGUAGAAAGAAAAAACAACUGUUAAAUCUCAAACAAAAAUAAACAAUACA